AUGGGUCACAGGGACGGCGCAUCGCUAGCCUUCAGUGAGCUACGAAAGGAAUCGCAAGAUCUCUACAACCAAUUCCACUCCAUUGCAGAGGACACCGCUUUCGUACUACACCAAGUCUAUCAGUCUUACUCCAGACUUCCUCUCAUCCCCAACAUGCGAUGCGGAGCAUGGUACACAGACCCUGAUACCCUCGCGAAUAUUGAACCCACCUUGGCAGGCAUCAAACGAACGCGCAUUCUAUUUCAAGUCCACCGCCGGACACACCAGAAACUGGAGCUUCAAUCUUCGAAGGCCCUACACGUACUACCUUUGAUCUGUGCGCACGCAGGACUGCUCUUGGUGGAUUCUAGUAUGAGAGCAGGCAAACACAUGCCAGACGCGCUAUCUAAAACCGUUCCAAUCUGGUGUGCAGUCAUAAAUAGAUCCGUCCUUAAAACCGCCCCGAACAUAAACAUAGAACGAAAGUUAGAUGGGUGGGCGGAUGAUCUUGCUGCUUCGUUCUACGUACUCCCGAAACUGCAAUACCCCCUCCGCCCGAUCUGGAUAACGCACAGCACCACCAUAUUCCCCAAAUUCCCUGAUACCGAUGCUGAACGGCGAUUCUGCCCAUUAUCUGCAUAUCUGCUUCGAGGCAGGUUUUGGACGUCAUGGAGAGACGCAUCACAGGCUUUGCGUAUAUCCAGGGAUCGGGGGAUGAUCAUGAACUGUGGAGUAUGGGCCUCACCCCCGCUCAAUUCUGGAAAUACAAACAGACCCUCCUCCGCACAAAGCGUAACGAACUACCAACCCUCGUUCAAGCCCUCACACCCUCCCCAAACACACUCCACACGCACCGAUUUAAAUUAUAAUGCGUCAUUGCAUCCCAUACCCAUUCAACACGUUCACGGUAGACUCUCAAUAUGGACCACUCAUGAUAUUUCAUCCCCUCUCGGCAACGAUUCUGCAGUGCACCCAUAA